GAAUCCUGCACACUUGAAUGAACAGAUCAGAGAGACAGGAGAAAAGAAUGACAUAGUAAAGGAAUGAAGGAGACAGAGAAAACAGCUCAACAGAGAAAAUACAGUGUAUCAGGAGGAAACAAUCGGCAAACAGAAGCCAAGGGUGAAAGUCUAGAGAGAGCUGUGCGGGCGAUCACAUGUUACGUGUAUGUAAAUACAUGGAGGAGUGAUUCUAAUGAAGACUCAAUGGAUCUCACAGAACACUCAUAUACUGCUCUUCAUAUUCUGUCUCUGCCAGUACACUCAGGCCAUAACUAUUCAAGUCCAGAAGGAAGCUGUAACCGCACCAGUACAGGGAAGUGUGUUUUUCUCCGUGGACAUAAAAUGCAUUGGCAUUCCAACAAUCGGAUGGAUGUUCAGCGGCACAAGCAAGCAGCAAAGGAUUGCAGCCUGGACACCCGGUGGCUCUGUCAACAUCACACAACUCUACAAGGGAAGAGUGACAGCUUAUCCUAAUGGCUCGCUCACCAUAUCCCACCUACAGCUCCAAGACUCUGGUUAUCACAUCAUCACUGUGACAGAGCCUUCUGGAAACAGCAAAGAUGCAGGUGUGCUACUGAAUGUAACAGAGGUGCUCUAUGAGGAUAUACAGUAUUUGGUUGUGUUUGUCAUUGUGUUGGGAGCACUGGCUGCAUUUCUCAUGCUGUGCAUAUGGCUCCUGAAUAAACUAUACUGCUACAUUAAGGCCUGGAAUCUAAGACGACACUUACCAGGUAGCCCGCACGCACGCACACACACAACAGGUGAAACUACACAUCAUGUAUGGCAGUCUUAUGAAAAACUGUGACUUGACCCAGCGAGGUUUUGAAUAUAUUAAAAAGGGGAGUGGGCCCAGCACUGAAUCCUAAGGCACCCCAGUGGUUAGCUGGACAUAUCUGCCUGUGUUGAGGUAAACCUCUAGCCUAGUCCAACAGUGUGGAUUAGAGUGCUCCACUGUAUUAAAGACAGCAGAUCAAUCUGGUCCAGCAGAAUGAGGAUGGAUGUUUUGCAGUUAGCUCGUCCCGCUCUGCAUUUGCUUGCAAAAGCUAUUUUGUAUGUUUUUCUUUCUACCAAAGGAAAUCUCUGCUGUAGAUUUUAAAGGGGUCAUAUGACACGGCUAAAACGAAUAUUAUCGUUUGUUUAAGAUGUAAUGCAAUGUGUAUACACACACAAGCGCGGAUUUACGCACAGGCUUGCCUAGGCUGCAGCCUAGGGGCCCCACCUGUUUAGGGGCCUCUGAUUGGAUUAUUUAUUUAGAAUUUACUUCAGCGCGAAUAAAAAAUAGACCCUCAUUGGCCCAUAAGAAAUAUAACAAAAAAUAAGCCGGUGAUUGGAUAGAUGUUACAUUUGGGUCACAUCUGUCCAAUCAGCUGCUGGUGAAAUCAUGUCAAUCAUAUUAUACAGGUUGGUUUUUAAUUAUGGCUUUGUUUUAUACACAGUUUAUGGAACGCACAGUGGUUUGUGUAAAGAUCCACCGAGGCGUUAUUAGGGGCCGUUUUUAUUUUGCGUAUACUUGUAUAAAACUGAAGCUUGCGCUCUCGUGGUGUUUGCUGUUGCAAAGUAACCCGGAAUGUAGAGGAAACACUGUAGUAUUUGAUGUGUGUGUAUCCGAGUGUGAUUGUUCUGACGCCCCAAGCAGCGUUGGUUUGUGUCUCAGCAGGCUCAGCUUGAUUCUAUCGAACCCUGGUGCGUUUGUAUUCAUCUUACAUCAUCACGAACGUGCAUGACACAUGAUAGUAAACAGAACACGGGUCAAUUUAUUUUGUUUUUCAAUGACUUGAUGGUAUUAUGCGCAGCGCAGAGUAAACAACACUUGGUUUUACUGUAUGUUCGCUUACAGAGCUUUCUGCUGCUUGCAAACAGACUAUUUAUCAGGACUAUUUUAAAAUCUGGAAACAUCGUAUUACCGUUCAUUUGCCGCUCUGACUCCACUCGCAACCCGCAAAACAAUGCAGGCUCACUCUUGCUCAAAUCCAAGGUAAAUUACCAAUGCGAUCAUUUCUUACACGUGUUUUAAUGAAUACAUUGUAAUCGGCUAAAGCGCAUGCGCAGGGUUCGGUACCCUGGUGCACCUGAGUUCAUGUCACAGCUUUUACAUUAGCGGCUUUUCAUGCAAAUCGUACUCCGUUCCGAACUAAACUGCAAGCGUGAAAGGCACGUGAAAGGCACCUGAAAGCCACCUAAGGGGGGCCUCACCCAAAGAGCAGCCUAGGGGCCCCUGACCACCUUAAUCCGUCCCUCUGCACGAUUUAAGGUUCAAAAACACUGCGUGUGACAGAAAUGUAAUGCUUCUUACCAUAUUUGGAACAGGUUCCAAAGCAAUUGUACUGACAGGUACGCCCACCUUACUUGCGUAUACAUUUGGGCGGUCUUAGUCAACUCAUACCACGAACUGAUGUAGAUUUGUGGGGGUGUGGUUACACGAGGUGCUUCAGGCAGGUCUGAGUGAGCAUUCAUCUUUUGUUCCCACACUUUAUUUUUUGCAAUUUUACGUGUCUAAUACAUGCAUGGGCAACUUAUAACACACCAAAGACACAGAAAAACCUGUAUUCGCGCCAUAUGACCCCUUUAAAUCAAAUGUAGCACUAUCAGACACACCGGGUCAGGUUUGUCAUAGCUGUAAUCUUAGUCUGGUGUAUGAGAAUUCUGAUCUAUCAGUCUACUUUUCAGAGGUAUCGAGGUUUGUAAAGUGGUGUGAUUUAAAUGGUCUUGUUUUUCUAUUUAAAACAAGAUUGAGAUGAUGUUCGUACCCUGAUCAAUGGGCAAUUAUCACUGAAGUAAAUAUGCUCCAACAACUACCUUGGCAUCUAUACACUUAGCUAGGGAUCCAAGCAUUGUUAGAAAAAUGCUUUAAAUAUGUCUUGCAGUAUAUUUAAAGUCCACAUCCAUUCAAGUUUAUGGCACAAUCAGUCACAUCACAUCAGGUCAAUCACAAUUAGUUACAAUGUCACUGAUGUCAAACCAGUAGUAUUUGAACGUGGACAAAGGAGGUCAGGUCUGUCAGUUAAUAACAUCAGAUUUCAUUUCUAGAUGAGCUAUUCCUUGACCACUGUUACUUUUUUUUGUCAAUCGUUUCUUUUGUAUUUUACACACAGAGCACAAUGAAACAGAACUACAGCCACUUUGAGGAGCACAGGCAUCUUUCACAUACUGAAGGAGAGGAUCUAUCAGACCUGCAUGUCUCUCUGAAUGCAAAUGGAAACUCACUCCAGUGGGCCCAGGAACUGUCUUUACACUAGCCCACAUUAGUUUGAUGUAGGACACUCAAGGAUUUUACGCAAACGAAUCACACGACACUGAAAACCAAAUGUUUCUAACUGAAUGAUUCCUUGGAAUAUCAUUUGGUGGACGGCACACAGAGAAAACAUUUGAAAUCAGGGAUUCUGUCCACCGUGUGUGUUGAGAUUUAUUAAACAUGACUACUCUAC